CAAAGAGGAGGAGGAGGAGAAGGAGGAGGAGAGUGAGAGGUUUUUUAGUUUAGAGUGAGAGCCACAGAAGCAGAGUGGGCUCCAUCUCUCUCACUCUCUCUGUCACUACCACAUAUGAGCAAGGAAAGUUUAGCGUGGAUCUAGGCUCCCUGUCAGUGAAGAUGACUUCACGCACUCCUCCCUGGUUUUUUGGAUUAUCUCUGUUUGUCCUGUGGGUCUGCUGGCAUCACUCCUCUGCCUAUCAGCUAUUGAACGACCGUGGCUCAGCCUUGGACCUGACGGAGUUGAUCGGCGUCCCCCUCCCCCCUUCCGUCUCCUUCGUAACCGGGUUCGAGGGUUACCCUGCCUACAGCUUCGGCCCGGACGCCAAUGUUGGCCGCCUCACAAAGUCGUUCAUCCCCGACCCGUUCUAUCACGACUUCGCCAUCACAGUCACGGCGAAGCCAACAACCCGGCAGGGCGGCGUGCUGUUUGCUAUCACCGAUGCUUAUCAGAAAAUAGUGCAGUUAGGCGUGGCGUUGUCUGAAGUGGAGGAUGGUUCCCAGAGAAUCAUACUGUACUACACCGACGCCGAAACACGGCGGGGGACUCGAGAGGCAGCUUCAUUUAAAAUGGGAGACAUGACGGGAAGAUGGGCGAGAUUCACGCUGACUGUACAGAGUGCAGAGGUGCGUCUCUACAUGGACUGUGAGGAAUACCACAAAGUGGCCUUCACCAGGAGUGCUCAGCCCCUGACCUUCGACGCCAGCUCGGGGAUCUUUGUAGGAAAUGCUGGUGGGACGGGUCUUCCCAGAUUUGUGGGCUCCAUCCAGCAGCUGCUGCUGAAGUCAGAUCCCACCGCCCCGGAAGACCAGUGCGAGGAGGACGAUCCUUAUGCCUCUGGAUACGGGAGCGGUGAUGAUGAUUAUGACGACUUUGAGAGAGUGGAUGAAGUGAAGAAGAUUGUGGAGGAGCGAGAAUAUACCAUGCCCCUUCCUGAACCUGACCCCACUUACACCAGCCCGGUCCGAGCUCCCCCCACCGAGGGCUCGCUGAGUGACGACGAAGACAUGGAGGAGAGUUCUGGACAAGAGACGGAGACGUCCACAACAACAGUCCCAGUUCGUCCCACUACUCACCAGCCUGCACUACUCACAUCACGUGCUCCCACUCCUGAAUCCGGCACUUCCCCUCAGGUGUUUCCAGGACUAAAGGGGGACCCAGGACUACCUGGCCCCCCAGGGCCCCCCGGGCCUCCAGGACAGGCCUCAGGAGGAGCUGGGGACCCGGGACCCCGAGGUCCGCAGGGACCAGAGGGGCCGGAGGGAACUCCCGGGCUUCCAGGGACAGAGGGACAGCCCGGAAGUAAAGGAGAAACUGGUGUCCAAGGACCAGCAGGAUUUCCGGGGCUGGAAGGAGAACCUGGUCCAAAGGGAGAAAAGGGUGAUCAUGGUGUUGGACAACCCGGCCCUCCAGGUCCUCCUGGACCUCCUGGAUCUCGUAGCAAGUCCAUGGAGGGGUCCGGAUUUGAGGAUUUUGACAGCGAUGCAGAGAUUAUUCGGGGUCCCCCGGGGCCUCCGGGCCCCCCAGGACUGCCAGGACCGCAGGGCGCUCCAUCUGACGAUCUCUUUCUUGGACCCGCUGGGGCUCCUGGCAAAGAUGGGAAGGACGGAGAGAGGGGGGAAACGGGACUUCCUGGGGUUGAUGGAAAAGAUGGCGAAUCAGGGUCUGCUGGGGAGAAGGGAGACAAGGGAGAGCCUGGUGUGAGCGGACAACCAGGACCCAAGGGAGAUCAGGGCUCAGCAGGGUUUCCAGGUCUACCGGGGUCAUCAGGUCCUGAAGGCCACCCUGGUCCCAGGGGUCCACCUGGCCCUCCCGGACCCCCAGGGCCGCCCUUGGGAAGAGGAUCUUCCCCCACGUUUGAGGACCUGGAAGGAUCUGGGAUGCUCUUGGAUGACUUUGCACUAAUGGCAACUCGAGGUCAACAGGGGCCGCCAGGUGUUCCUGGACCUGGAGGACCCAAGGGUGAAGACGGUUUAGACGGCCUCCCAGGAAAGCCAGGGCCAACGGGGGAGCCAGGGGUUGCAGGACCACCAGGGGUUCCUGGUUUGCAGGGACUAAAAGGGGCAGAGGGAUCAAAGGGGGACAACGGUGAUCCAGGACAGAAGGGAGAAUCUGGACGAGAUGGACUCAGUCUACCGGGCCCUCCAGGACCACCGGGACUACCAGGACCCGUCAUCAACCUCCGUGAUCUUCUUCUCAACGAUACAGAUGAUGCCUUUAACAUCUCAGGGAUUUUUGAAACUCAGGGAUCGGCUGGAUCGCAAGGUCCAAAGGGUGAAGUUGGUUGGCCAGGUUUACAAGGACCUUCAGGACUUAAAGGUGAAAAGGGGGAGCCAGGAUUAAUUAUGUCAGCAGAUGGAUCCAUGAUGUCUGACCUGGCUGGACCAGAGGGGCCCAAAGGAAUCAAGGGAGAUGACGGUGUUCAGGGACCGGCUGGAAUUCCAGGACCAGUUGGGCCAGCAGGACCUAAAGGAGAAUUUGGAUUCCCUGGACGACCCGGUCGUCCAGGCCUGCUGGGACCUAGAGGGGAGAAAGGAGACCCUCGAGGCCUGCCGGGACUCCCCGGCCCUCCUGGACCUCCGGGCCGCCCAGGAAUCUUCAACUGCCCCAAAGGGACAGUGUUCCCCAUCCCUCCGAGACCCCACUGCAAAAUGCCACUCAACCCCAACGGGACCAUUGCAGCUGGAAACUGCAAUUCAGGACUAAAAGGAGAAAAGGGCGAGAGAGGCCUUCCAGGAAUACCAGCUCCUCCAAGCACAUUUCUCCCCGGAGGAGGCUGGGGGUCGAGGGGUGAGCCGGGCAUCAAUGGGCAAAAGGGAGAGAAGGGAGAGAAGGGGGAUGCGGGCUAUCCAGGUCAGCCAGGUAUCCCAGGAAGGUCAGGACUGGUGGGGCCCAAAGGGGAUUCAGUGCUCGGUCCUCCGGGGCGUCCAGGGACGCCAGGUCCACCAGGAGCUGCCGGCUACGGCAGACCGGGUCUCCCAGGCCCUCCAGGCCCCCCGGGGCCCUCUGGAGGACCCCUCAGAUACGGUUCAGCAGGUCUGAACAUUGCUGGCCCCCCUGGACCUCCAGGACCCCCCGGACCUGCUGGUGCUUCAAGUAACCCAGGAGCUCUGAAAAGCUUCCCAACUCGGGAGAUUAUGAUGCAGCAAACCGCCAGGGACCCAGAGGGAACUAUGGCCUUCGUAACAGGAACAGGAAGUCUCUACCUGAAGGUUUCCCAGGGAUGGAAAGAGAUACAGCUCGGCAGUCUAAUCUACCUCUCCUCCAAUAACUUUAUUCCACAAGAUGAGCCUCAGGUUGCGUAUCAUGUAAGAGGACACACGAUGCAAAGAAUCCCUUCAGUCAAAGAGAGGCUCAACCUGGUGGCCUUGAACCAGCCGCACUCGGGGGACAUGAUGGGGCUGGACACGGCCGACCGGAUGUGUUACGAGCAGGCCAAGGCCAUGGGUCUGAGUCCCAACUACCGGGCCUUCGUUUCCUCCCACAAGCAAGACCUGGUCCAUGUCGUCUACCCUGGUUUCCGGGAAACUCUGCCAGUGACCAACCUCAGAGGAGACGUCAUGUUCAAGAACUGGCGUUCAGUUUUCAGCCGUGACAUGGGGCCAAUCCAUUCCAGGAUACCCAUCUACUCCUUUGAUGGCCGGGAUGUUUUAGUCGACCCCUUCUGGCCUCACAAGAGUAUCUGGCACGGCUCCACCGGUAGGGGACACAGACUGGUGGACAAACACUGCGAGACGUGGAGAGCGGGUGACAUUUCCGUCAUGGGCCAGUCGUCCAGCCUGACCGCCGGGCUGCUCCUGGGCCAGCAGACGAGGAGCUGCUCCAACGAGUUCAUCGUCCUCUGUAUCGAGACCCACAAAACUACUUAACUCCCCUCAACGUAGCUCUACCGAGGAGCCCAGGGAACCGAGGAGCCCAGCCACCAUAAACACAAACGCCUCUCGGAAAAGGUUUGAGGAAAUUGACUUCAGCACAUCUCGGGUGUUAUAUGUAGAAUUGGGAGUUUUAAAACGUUGCACCCUGAAGCCUUCUUUUAUAAAGACGAUGUUGCAACCCGUCCCUCCAUUUCCAUCACUUUGUUCAUGAGGAUGGACGCCAUAACCUGCUCCUGACAACAGCUCCGUGCAUCUUCCCUCCAGGUGAGCUUAGAUUCGGUUGAUGCUACGCUGUCGGACAGGAAUCAUGUUGUGGAAUCGUUGCCAAACAAAGGAAAGAAACGUUCCUUUGUUUGGCAAAACCUGCAAGAAUUUCAACUUGGUGGCACAUAUUCGGAUGUAAAAUGAAACGGAGAGGUUGAGGGCUCAGCUAAAUGAGCAUGAUGCAAACAUUUCAAGCACAAUGUGGUAAUGAAGCGAUGCACACUUGGCUCAUCAGAGAAAAGUGGCUUCAUUUGUAAAACUACACCAGCGAUGGAUUCCUCCCUGCAGCCAGCCAGACGUGCUGGGGGUCAUGUGACCUUCAGGAGAACACCAGAGACUGAGGCGGCUGCAGGAACCUGAACAUCCCCAGAAACGUGGCAGCCCAGAGACUUUUGUGAUUGAAACAUAGAACGCUACCCUCCUAUUUUUGUUUACAGGUUGUCUUGGAAGUUUUUAAACCAACUUUGAGCGUCAGGAAUAUUUUUUUGUUUCUUCUUAAAGGCCAGAACUUUCCAUGAUGUACACGGUCCCUCAUCCAACCAAGGGAUCGCCAGACAACUGCUGAUGCCACCAGUCAUUUUUGAUGCACUGUACUUUCUUUUUAUUUCUUUUUUUUUUAGGUUCAACAUUUGUAAGAUUUUAGAUUGUAUUGUAGCUUUUCAUACAUCUUGAUGAUCUCACAUCUCAUCAGCUCUUUCUCUUAAUACGCUUAUUUAAUUUAAACUCGAUGAUUUAUUUAUACCGUCACAGCACAUAACGUGAAAUCAGAUGAUUAAAUUUAAGAAUGUAAUUUAUCAUUUUCAAAUGUGUUCUUCUCCCACAGCUUGUUUUUCUGUUUUGUUUUUGUACAUCCUCCUUUUUUUAAAUUAAGUUUGGAUUUAUUUUUUUUAACCAAUAGUCUAAAUUUCACCAAGUUUUAAGGUGACAUUAAAUCAAAAAAUACAGUUUUAUCUUGGAAAGAAAAACAAAACACGAACUCAAAAGUGAAAGCACGUUUUGUACAAAUAUUGGUGCUUUAUUGAAUAAAUCUCUUUUCAUAA